CAGUCAAUAAACAUUUUCAUUUUCGCUACGAUAACAAUACGAAUAAACAAAUCGAAAUAAAUCAACAAAUAGAAAGAAAGCUAAUUUUGCAAAAACAAAACAAUUGGUAGAGGAAGCAAUUACGUUGCUUGCUAGUGAUACUCGCCUAAAGAAGAAGUAUUUAUUAAUUUGCUGCUUAAAAUGGAUACCAAAACUAAAUUGAAACGUUUCUGCUUUUUGGGCUCCUUUGAGCCGGUCUAUACCCAUUUAAGUGGUACUCUGAAUGUCGAAGUAUAUUGGCCUAUUGUGGAAAAACUGGUUGUGGCUUUAGAUCACGGAGUAUUUAUUCCACUGAUGAGAGAGGUUUUACAUGAGGUUCCUUUAGUGCGUCGUGAUGAGCCUAUUUUCGUUUAUGCCGCCUACCUUGCCGCUGAUGUUAAAAUCGAAGAAAAGACACCAGUGCGUGAAGCCUUUCCAAUAUUAAUACGUAGCGAUGACGAUCUAUUUCUCUUCUGUAAAUACACCUCAUUAAUAGGCGCGAUAAAAAAACAAAAAUGCUUUUCACAAACUGUACGUAAGGCUUUAAAGUCCUGGUAUGAAUUGCAAACACCUGAAGCUAUACGCACAAUGUGGAUGGCACAUCGUGGCUUACAUGGCUUCACCCAUAAGACUCUGAUAAAGUUGUGUCAUAUAUCGGACCAAACAAUGGGGGCCUCAGAUGUGGCAACGCCCUUUUUUCUGACCUGUACGAUUCUACUAAAAGAAACCGAAACUAUAAGUAUUGAUAAUAAGCCGGCAACUUAUAUACUACCAACAAGAACAAGUAAAGCAAAGGCUAUCGAUUCCAAUGCAAAUGCAAAGCAAACUGAAGCAGUGCAGACUCCAGGUAAUGUACCACCAACACAGGAAAUUGUAGCUGAAUCAAAUGCCAAUGCAAAUAUAAUGCAAACUGAUGCUGAGGCUCCAAGUAAUGUACCACCAGUACAGGAAAGUGUAGAUGAAUCAAAUGCCAAUGCAACUACAAUGGAAACUGAUGCUGAUACUGAUGUUGAGGUUCCAGGUAAUGUACCAGCAACACAGGAAAUUGUAGAUGAAACAAAUCCCAAUGCAAAUACAAUGGAAACUGAUGCCGAUGCUGAGGUUCCAAGUAAUGUACCAACACAGGAAAUUGUAGACGAUUCGACUACCAAUGCAAAUAAAAUGCCAACUGAUGCUCAGGCUAAAAGUAAAAAAAAACCAAAGCAAAAAAAAACUGUUGAAAAACCAGCGCCCAUCAUCUUAGAACCGGUCAAAGGCUCCGAUUUGGUUGUGGCCAUAUCAAAAUUACGCACCACCAGGAAAAUAAACGAAGCCAUUAAGAUUGUGCGCAAAUAUAAAUUGCCCUACACACAAGUUCCUGGCCAUUGGCAGCGUAAUCACGUUAUAAUGGAGACUUGUUUGCACAGCAUGUCGUAUUUGCAAAUAUUAAAGAGUUGGCGCAAAAUGGCCCGUAACAAUCAUUUCGAGGAAAAUCCAAGAAUCUUUAAACUCUGCAAACGAAUGCUGGAAAAUAAAGAAUUUGCCAGGAAAUGUCGUAUACACCCAAUACACUUGUUGAUGUUCCUGAAUGAUAUGGGUAAUCUGGAAAAGUUGCCCACCAAAAAAGUGGAGGCCUUAAAGCUGGACUAUUUGACUAAACUCUACAAGGACUCAUUCCAUUGGCAUCCGGAUUCUGGAAAGUUACGCAUGUUUAUCACCGUCAAUUUGCAGACCAAUUAUAAGAAGAAAUUUUUAAAAAAUCAAAAGAAAUUAAACUAUUACGAUGCCUGUGUUGCUUUAGCCUUUGGCUAUGCGAAACGUGAAGCGAAAGUAGAUAUUUUCCAUUGGGUUGAGGAGAAAACGCAAUUGAAACAGAUUCUUUUCGACAAGAACUAUACCACUCAAAUGGGUUUCAAUUCAUAUGAUGUGGUUGUGAAUCACAAGAACAAUCAACGCUUAGUCACCCCUCUUAUGCAUGCUUUGAACUCCGGAGAAGUUUAUGAUGUUUUCUUGUGCAUUGUACCAACGGCUGGCCGUGGUAAUCCUAAAAAUAACUCUGAUCUUAUUUGCAAGUUUUUGGAUAGAUAUCGUGAAAAUAAAAAUUCUAAGGCCAGAUUCAUUAUUCUCAACCUAUUGAAAUUCAAACGUUCCAUGCAAUAUUCCGAAAUGCGUGCAGAAAAUAUUUUGGAAAUAUGUGGAUUAGAUGAACAUACCACUGAUAUUAUACAAAACUUUGCCACCCAUCGUUUUUUCUAAACACAAUGAGACAGCCAUAAAAGCGAUAUACAUAAAAAAGGUAUUAUAAAAUCGAAUAAUAUUUCAUAAACAAUUCAUAAAACAUUAAAACAAAUAAUUAAUUGCAUACAUAGAAAUAUAUAAAUACAAAAGCAUAUUUAACUAACAUUUUUCUAAACGUAUUAAAUGUUUGUGAAUAUAAAAAUAUGCUUUCUUUAAAACUCUUAUACGUAUUACAAAGAAAAC